GCCUGUGCCCCCUGCUCCGUGCAGAGAGACAUCCCGGCGACAGCGGCCCCGCAGCCUGCGGGAGCUCAGCUUCUCCAGCUCGGCAUCCGCAUCCUCGGCAGCUCAGGGGGCUGCACUGCCAGCACCAGCGCGUCAGGGACGGCCAGGCAGCAGGGUGGCCUGCCCACGCCCAGCUCCUGUCCCCCCAGGCGUGGUGUGGCAGGGAUGAGGAGCCGGCAGCGGAUGUUUGCCGCCGUGAUGCGCCUGCUGCUCAAGUGCCUGCGCCUGGGGCGGCGGCGGCGCUUCAGGCUGCUGCGGCAGCUGGAGCAGCUGUGGCACUACGGGCACCUCUGCCUCCGCUCCCUGCUCUACAACUCCUUCACCAACGGCGAUGUGGUGCUUGACUCUCUCUUCGAGCCGGUGUACUGGCUGGUGGACCAUGUCACCCGAUGGUUUGGUGUGGUGUUUGUGGCACUGGUGAUCGGGCUGACGAGCUCUAUUGUGGCCAUCGUGUACAUCUGCCUGCUGCCCCUCAUCCUGCAGACCUACACACCUGCCUGGAUAUGCUGGCACCUCGCCUAUGGACACUGGAACCUCAUCAUGAUUGUCUUCCACUACUACAUGGCUAUCACCACUUCACCUGGGCACCCACCACAGGCCAAGAACGACCUCACUGGUGUGUCCAUCUGCAGGAAAUGCAUUGCCCCUAAGCCAGCUCGCACCCAUCACUGCAGCAUCUGCAACAGGUGUGUGCUGAAGAUGGACCACCACUGCCCCUGGCUAAACAACUGUGUGGGCCACUACAACCACCGCUACUUCUUCUCUUUCUGCCUGUUCAUGACCAUGGGCUGCAUUUACUGCAGCAUCAGCGGCUGGGACAUGUUCCGGGAUGCCUACGCAGCCAUUGAGAGAAUGAAACUGCUUGAGAAGGAGAGACUGCAGGUGGCUGCCAACCAGACAUACUACCAGACCCCACCACCCACCUUCACCUUCCGCCAGAGAGCUUUCCACAAGAGCGUGGUCUACCUCUGGGUCCUGUGCAGCUCGGUGGCACUGGCCCUGGGGGCCCUGACGCUGUGGCACGCUGCCCUCAUUACUCGUGGGGAAACAAGCAUCGAGCGGCACAUCAACAGAAAGGAGAGGCAGAGACUGCAGAAGAAGGGCAAGGUGAGCAGAGCCCACAGCACGGGGACUGGCUGGGGCAGAGCCAGACGUGAUGUGCCUCUCCCUGUCCUGCAGGUCUUCAGGAACCCCUACAGUUAUGGCAGCUGGGAUAACUGGAAGGUGUUCCUCGGUGUGGAUGUGCCAAGGCACUGGCUCACCCGUGUCCUGCUGCCCUCUCCUCACCUGCCCCACGGGACAGGCCUGAGCUGGGACCUGCCUCCGUGCAUGACGGAGCAACGCGCGCCACUCCUGGCAAUCUGAGGCCCUGUGCUCUGGAAAUCCCUUCCUGCAGGCAGGGGAACCCACUCCACCACUGCAGCUUCCUUUGGCCAAAGUGCCUGGCAGAAGGCUGGCACAUAUCACUGACUGGAGCCAGGGCCAUGGGGAACUCUUAUGGACAGCGUUGGUGCCUGGACACCUGCCCUCUUGGCUCUUGGUGGCUGCAGGCAGCCCACGGGCAAGGUGGCAGAGCUGCUGCUCCCUGCUCCAGCUGGAUGGUGCUGCCCUCAUGAGCACAGGUACGGGCCAGCAUUGGCCCAGCUCAGCUCUCUGAAGGGCUGGGCACAGAGGAUGGCACCCCCAAGUGAUCCCCGGGGAGUCUUUUUAGGACCAUCUAUUAAAUACUGGUUUUUUUUAA